CAUAGCCCCGAUCUCCCCGAACCUGUGCGGCUCAAACAAAAAUAGGGUGGAACCUAAUCCUAAUCCUUGGAUGCGGAGUAUAGUUUACUCAGGGUCAUUCUGUCUUGUCCGAGUAACACUAACAGUUGAACUCAGAGCUGUGUAGUACCCUGACAUUGCGCACAGAGUUAUGGUCGUUCGUUCGUUGCAUAGGCCUAUAGGGGCUUCGGCCAGGGAACGUUCAUUGGUUAGUGAACAAGUCGCUGAAGCUUUUCCCGCAGAGUGGACGAGCUCCGAAACUGGCAAAAAGUAGGAUCAUUUCACUGGAGUGCCAGUAAGCUUGCUGUUUGAAUCAAAUCUUCACCCGAUCGGCAUCAUCAUGUGUGUGGAUGACACGGAAUUCAACUCGUCCACGGUGCUCUUCACGUAUCCGUCCAACAUCGUCGCGUUCACCGUCGGCAUCGUGUCGGGCCUGGGGAGCCUUUGCAUCCUGCUCUCCUUCACGCUCGUCAGGGAUUUGCGCGCCACCACGUCCAGAAAGAUCCUGUGCUUCAUCAGCCUGGCUGACCUGGGCGCGUGCGUCACGCAGGCCACGGGUGCAUCCCAGUACUACGGCGAUGUGCUGGACUGCGAGAUCCAGGCACUUUUCAGCGUGAUCUUCACGCUGUCGUUCGUGAUGUGGACGACUUGCCUGGCGCUCUACCUGUAUAUCUCGCUAGCCCGCGACGACUUGAUGCUGGCGAAGCGCAUGGUCAACUGGUUCCACAUUGUCGGCUGGGGCCUUCCGGUGACCGUCGGACUGGUCGCCUUCUUCUUGGACAGUUUGGGGAGCGACAAUUCGGUGGCGACCAAUGGAUGGUGCUGGGUCAGUACUCAGCCGAAAGUGCCACCGCACAACUUCAUGUGUCAAUAUGCAAUACUGCUGUGGAUGCUGUUGACGACGAAGAUCUGGGAGCUGGUAUCAUACGUGCUAGUACCGUUCCUCUACAUCCGCGUCAAGAUGCACAUACGGAGGGUGGUUGCAGCCGAAUCGGCCAUGGUGGUGACACAAUCCUAUCGGCGGGCGGUGUACGCUAUCGACAGGAAGCUGGUGAUAUUGCCGAUAGCGUUCGUCCUGCUGAGGAUGUGGGGAACAAUACGUGUCUUCCUCUACAUAUUCGCCUUCUAUUUUGAUGCAAAUCCAAGAGAAUCCGUCGUGUUUCAGUUCUUUGAAUACAUGCAGGCACUCGGUGAUAAUGGCCAGGGUGCUGUUAACUUCCUGAUGUUCUUCUUACUAACGACCAAGGUACGCACCGCCGCUGUCACCGGGAUUCGCCGCGCCUGUGCCUGCUGCUGUGGCUCCAGUCCACAGUCAUGCUGUUCCCACGGCGACGACGAGGAAGACUACUACGACGGGUACCAGGUGUUCAACGACGGGAAUGCGGCGUCGGAGGACACGAUCGAGCUGUCCGACAGCAAUAGCCUGGCCAGGAGGAUCACAUCGUCGAGCAAAACCGUUCACGACUCGGACGUGCACCGCCAGAGUCAGAUCCAGCGCUGGUUCCGGCAGGCGCAGAGUCGCAUGAGCUCCUACUCUGCCACUCCGACAACGCAGGCGCUGCUGGAUUCCAAGGAUGGCAAUGUCGGAAUGCCGGGCAUUUAAGCGUACCGGUGAGUACUGGAACGGGAGCAUGACCAACUCACCUGCAAUUAUGUUGCUCACGACCAAACCUUCACCCUAUCGAAGUGUCACAUCGUAUGUUUCCUGGCCUGUAUGCUGUUGACAGUGGCCUGAUAUAUCUCAGUAUCAUCAGCACCGGCAUUAGCAGUCAGUUUAGCCAAGCCGCGGCCAUGACAGGACCAAUAUUUAUUUCAGCCAUAUGCCAAUGUGCUUUGCUGGCUGUAAUAAUAAUAAUAAUACGAAACACAUGAAAACUUUCUAAAAGGUUAGAGUGAUCUUCGGCCGUCCAACACAGAGGAAGUUUACCCUGCUGAAGUAGCGGUUAUUCCGGGUGCAUGGUCAAUUCGAAAGGAAAGUGUCCACAUACAUGUAUUUCAGGAAAGGUGAUAAUCAGAGCAUUUGCUUCCCCCCCCCCCCCCCCCCUCUGAUUUCUACACAUGUCAGGAAAUGUUUUACAGCAUUUGCUAUACCCCCCCCCCCACACACACACUCUCUCUCCCCUUGAAUUCCACACAUUUCAGCAAAAGCUGUACAGCUUUUCCUACCCCCCCCCCCCUCUCUCCCCUGAUUUAUUAGGUCCCGUUUAGAGUAGAGAAAGCAGAGACAGUGCAAAGUGCAUGCAUGCAUAGCAGCAAAUUAGUUCUGGAAGCUCACUGCAUUAGAUGUAUACAUUGUAUCUCUCAACCGUUUAUCAAGAGAGCCAUAGGUCUCGGCUAGUAGUACUAGUAGCGCUAUAUCUAUGACAUGAUGAUGAAUCUGAAAGACUUGAUCACAAACAGCAGUGGCUCCUAGAAUUUGAAUACAUGUGCUGUAGAAGUCAUGUGCAUGUACAUGUAUUUAGAGCAAAGAAAGGAAUAUAACUAUGGAUACGAGUUUUUAGCCGUCAACAUCCGAGUUUCGUACAUGUCUUUGGAUACGUUGCAUUUACGGGAACUCAAUUUCUUUAUGCUACAAAGUUCAUGCUAGGUUUGGUGGUGAGCAUGCGUAUUGGGCCGGCCAAGCAGUGCAGUGUGGAGCGGCGGAGUUAAUUUUUAAGUUUUAAAGCUGACUUGUCACUUACAUGUACAUGUACAUGUAUGUUCCAUCUGCAUUUCUUUAGAAUAGACACUAGCUGAUUUAAUCUCCCCUACUGGUUUAGUGUUACAUGUAAAUAAUAUCUUCCACAUCAUCGUUGUGCACUUAUUCAGUAUUUGUCUGUUUAAAGCUAAAACAUAAUUUUGGAGGGUCAUUGUCAAUAUCAAUCUACUUGUAUAAUUAUACCGGAAUUGUCCU